AUGGCUGGAACCAGAAUACCUCAACUUGGCUGCAUCCCAGACUCCAUUCCAUUUUUUAGCAGUUGCCAGAUUUCCCUGCCAAGCUUUCUAGAUGGAGUUUGUGUGUACACAAAGGACUGUGGUGCUAUUCAGUGCUGUAUCCCUGUUGACUUGGGACUGCUUGGAGAGUAUGCAAUAAAUGCCAGCUUUGAAGUUGACACCUGUACUAAUACUUUCACUUACACUCUUGAGCGCAAAUCUGCCAAGCUCAGUCUGCCUGCAAUCACAGGCUAUUCUCAGAAAGAAACAUUUAGUGGAGGUGGAUUGACAUUCACAAUGUCCUAUGGAUCCACUGCGCCAGGAAGAGAGAGACGACGUCAAGCAGAGCAAAAAUGGAACUGUGCUGCAUCUCCAAUACCAAGCAAUGAUCUGUGGCUGCAGAUGAUUAAAGCUGGAGCCAGUACUGAAGAGAUACAAGCCUGCAUCCAAGAAUUUCAGAGGAAGGAGGAGUCAAAGUGUGACCAGGUGCAAGGCGAUCAUGGUGAUGAAGCUAACACAUUUACCCUGAAAGGAAUCUUGGGAGCCCUCAGCUCAAGCAGCCCAUCCUCUCUGGUAUAUUGCAACAAGAAGGCAUUGGUCACUGUCAACAUAGAGGGAUUUGACUUGAUAGAAAAAAUGCUGAAGACAGUGGAUGACAUCAAAGGUCGCUUCGAGAGCACCUAUAUCCCUGGUAAAGGCUUGACAGGUGAAGGAACCAAGGCUCUGGGACUAAAGAUUGCCAACAUGACAAUCGGAGAACUGCAAGCGUAUGUCAUGUCUGAGGGCAUUGACCCUGAGCUGGCGCUGGAGCUCAUGAAAGAUAUGAAAAACCUAGUUUCCACACUGUUCUCAGAGCUCAUAUCAAAACUGACCAGUGGUGGGGUAGAGGACCUCUUCAAGUCCUUUGACUUGUCUUUGUCUGGAGAUUUUAGUGUACCAAGGAGAGAUGUAACCCUUUUCGAAUGCAAUUAUUUCUUUUUGGUUGGUGGAAUCGUACCAAUGCACUUUGGUUUUGGGGCAGGAAUAUCAUACGGUAUGGAUAUUGCGGUUGGAGCAAAGAUCAUGAGCAUGACUGUCUAUGGAGAAAUCAAACCCUAUGUUGGCAUUAAAGUGCGGGGCUACUUGGCUGUUGGUUUUAUCUUGUAUGGCAGAUUGGAACUGACAGGUUACAUUUGCCAAACCUCCCUUCCUUCAAGGGCAGAAAUUGGUUUUUCAAAGUUCCCUCUGGAUCUCCAACUGAACAUGGAUCUAGUACUUGCACCACUGGCAUUGAAGCUUGAUGUCCUUGUGACACUGGAGGUGAAACUGCUGUUUGUGAAGAUCAAGAAAGUUUUAUUCAAAGCCAAUCUUUGGUAUUACAAAGCACCUGUCAUUAACCAACGUGUCCUAGCAAUUGGGACAAAGGAAGAAGAUAAGACGCCACCCAGUUUUGCACCAUACAAAGAUACAAAGGAGGGUCGUCGCCGUAGAGCAAUAAGCACAAAUCACUGCUUAGUGAGACAGCUGCCCGGUUUAGACUACACUGAGCCUUCCAUCAAGAUUGCUGUAGCUGCUGGUGAUGACCGCAGCAAAGUGAUAUUACGGCAUAUGCUGGAAGAGCACCUGGCUUGGAAGAUCUCCUAGUCAUCGAACUCGGUGGGCCAUCCACCAUCAUUCGAGAGCGACUGCCAGUGUCAGGAGAUUCUGUCUACAUCAAAGUCAGAGCAAUCAAUAAUAAUGGUGCAAGCAGUGAGGUGACAUGUAUCUUGGACAAUUAUGAUGUCACACUACCAACAGGCCGGCUGGAAGCAGAUUUUACAACAACUAGCAACAG